CAUGUAUAACUUGCCCCAUAUUUGGCGUGGGUGGAGGGGGUAGGGGGGGCUCACACUCAAAAGAGGUAGCUGUUCUUCCCUUUUAUUCUCUCUCACUUCUUGGUAAGCACUUUCUCUCUUUAACUUCCUUUCAUUUCUCUCUUUAAUUCCCUGAUCUGAAUCUUGGGGUUUUUCAAAGUUCAAAUCUUUAAGAGUUUUUUGUGCUAAUUUUGAGAGAAUUUGUUUCUUUAUUUUGUGGGGUUUUGUCUUUCUUGGAUUUGAUUGGUUCUUUAUUUGUGGAUUUGGAAUGAUUUCAAUCUUUUGGAGUUUGAAGGGGAAGUGAGAAAAGUGUAUUAUAGCUUUGGUGUAUUAGAAAAAAAAAAAAAAAAGAUCCUGUAAGUAUAGUGUUUUGAUGAUGAUGAUAAUGAUGGUGAAAAUGAGCACUAUAUGGUUCUUUUGACCAGAGAAAAAAAGAGUUUCAGAUAAAAGAAAAAGAUGUCUAUGUCCCCCCCUACUGUCAAAUCUUUGUUGUAGUUGUCAAUGAGCAAAAAAGAGAGAAGACAAAAGAGUGCAAAGACUCUUCUUUUCUUUCUCUUUUUUCAUCCACACGCUUCAUUUUUCCUCUCUAAAUGUGAUGCUCCACUUCUAUAUUUAACAUAGUCUUUACUAGUUUUUUUGUUCUUUGACUAAAAGGGUCAGCAAAAAUGCCUAUGUAUUUGCCAUCUUUUGACGUUGGGGGUGGUGGGCAAGUAUUGGAUCUGGAAACUGCUGUUAAAGAUGGGAUUUUGGGUGGUGGUGGUGGGGUGGUUGUUCAUGGUGGUGUUACAGAAAAAAAGUUGAGUUUGAAAAAAAUGAUGGAGGAACUUGAUUCAAUUGAAGUUCCUUCAGUUUUCAUUUGUCCAAUUUCUUUGGAACCCAUGCAAGAUCCAGUUACUCUUUGUACUGGACAAACAUAUGAAAGGUCUAAUAUUCUCAAAUGGUUCUCUUUAGGGCACUUUACUUGUCCCACCACAAUGCAAGAAUUGUGGGAUGAUUCAAUCACACCUAAUAGUACUCUUCACCACCUGAUUUACAGUUGGUUUUCUCAAAAGUAUUUGGCUAUGAAAAAGAGGUCUGAGGAUGUACAAGGAAGGGUUUUGGAGAUUUUAGAGACCUUGAAAAAGGUUAAAGGUGAGGCUAGAGUUCAAGGUUUGAAGGAGCUUAGGCAAGUUGUUACUGGUCAUGAUUCAGCCAAGAAAACAGUGAUGGAAAACAAUGGUGUUAGUUUAAUUACUUCACUAUUAGGUCCUUUCACUAAGCAUGUUGUUGCUUGUGAGGCAAUUGGGAUUUUAGUACACUUGGAUCUGAACUCAGAUGCUAAGGCUAAUUUGUUGCAACCCAAUAAGAUUUCCCUCAUGGUGGAUACGUUGAAUGAGGGAUCCAUCGAUACCAAGAUAAAUUGUACGAAAUUGCUCGAAAUGUUGAUGGAAGGGAAGGAUUCAGAGUGGGAAGUUUUGUCAAGUUUGAGUCUUUUGGUAGGAUUACUUAGACUAAUCAGAGAUAAGAGACACCCAAACGGGGUGGUGUCCGGUCUGAGAUUGCUUAAGUUGAUUUCAUCGCAAGAAUCACUGAGGAACUCGAUUGUUGGUAUUGGGGCAAUCCCCCAAUUGGUGGAAGUAUUGCCCAGCUUGAAUGGUGAAUGCUUAGAAUUAGCCUUGGUUAUCCUUGAAGCUUUGUCUACCCUUCCAGAGGGUGCAUUGGCAUUCAUGGACUGUCGUAGCACCAUUCCGAAUAUGGUCAAAUUGCUCAUGAAGGUAUCAGAGAGCUGCACUCAAUUUGCGUUGUCAAUUCUAUGGGCAGUGUGCAAACUUGCCCCAGAAAAAUGCUCAUCGGUUGCUGUUGAGGCAGGUUUAGCAGCCAAAUUGUUGCUUGUUAUUCAAAGUGGAUGCAACCCUGUGUUGAAGCAACGGUCCGCUGAGCUCUUGAAACUAUGCAGUCUAAAUUACUCAGAGACCAUCUUUAUUUCCAAGUGUAAGCUUACCAAGACAAUGCAAUGAAGGUAACAUGGUGUUGUUCAUACGGUUCAGCUAAUACCCGCAAGGGCAAGGUGCUCAACAGCUCGCGGAAUGUGCGUAUUUGGGCGAGGAGGUACCUACUUGUUGUACAUAGUAAAGAGCUUUAGCUCUCAUGAAAAAGGCUUCAUAAUGUGGAUUAUAGAUAAAUUGCUUAUAUCAGACUAUGGUUUGGUGCCUUCCAUUUGAUCUUUCUGCUGAGGUUUUCCAAUAAAGUAUGGCACACCGUAGUUUCAAAUUUGAUUACCUUGUUGCUACAAAUCAUAUUAGCUGUGUAAAAUGGUGGGGGUGGCAAAAUGGGGAAGAAUGUUCAGCAAAGCUAGUGUUUGAAAUUGUAAUUGUACACAUUUCUUUCGGGAUUUUCCGAGUUUAUCCCAAUUCCCAAAUUUUCCCCAAUUAUUUUUAGGAAGUCCUUGUUGACUUUCACUUCUUUGCUCGAUCGGAAUGUUUCACUCGGGAGUUCUUUUUUUCAUUGCGGAGAUCGUCAUUUGUAAAAAAAGCAACAUUUCCAAUAUGAAAUCAGCAUUCACAAUGGAUUCAAAUUUUUCCUUGUCAA